AUGGUCAGUUCCUGUUGUGGCUCCACCUGCUGUGGCCAGAGUUGUGGCUCUGGUUGCUGUGCCCCCUGUUGCUGUCGGACUGCCUGCUGCUUCCGGCCAGCCUGCUACCAGUGCGUCUAUUGUAGGACCAACUGUUACAAGCCCACCUGCAUUGUGUCCACCUGUUGCCGCCCCACCUGCUGCCAACCUUGCUGCCAGCCCUGCUGCCCCUCCAGCUGUUGUGGGUCCAGCUGCUGCCAGCCCUGCUGCCGCCCCAGCUGCUGUGUGUCCAGCUGCUGCCAGCCCUGCUGCCCCUCCAGCUGCUGUGGGUCCAGCUGCUGCCAGCCCUGCUGCCCCUCCAGCUGCUGUGGGUCCAGCUGCUGCCAGCCCUGCUGCCGCCCCAGCUGCUGUGUGUCCAGCUGCUGCCAGCCCUGCUGCCGCCCCAGCUGCUGUAUUUCUAGCUGCUGCCAGCCCUGCUGCCGCCCCAGCUGCUGUAUUUCUAGCUGCUGCCAGCCUUGCUGCCGCCCCACCUGCUGCAGAACCACCUGCUGCCGCCCAACCUGCUGUGGCUCCUCCUGCUGCUGA